UGUAGGUGACUGUAUUUUAGAGAAACUCAAAAAAGUUCUAGCAUUACACAAAGUUUAUUUGUUUUUAACAGUAUAAUAUCUUAGUUUAUAUUCAAUUUAAUAGUUAUUUGAAAUAAAUUUUCAAAUAAUUUGGUUAAUAUUUAAAGUUUGAACAUAAAUAAGGAAUCCUGGCGAGACGUACAGUAAUUUUGAAAACUUGCACUCCUACAGUUACAAGACUGAGGAAAAAGAAGUCAUGCAUCCACAAGAGAGAGAUGCGCCUGGGGAAACUAUACUGGGUGAUAUGGCCCUUCCAAUUCCUAUUCAGAUAUUUCUUUGGCGUCAAGUAAGUCCAUUUGUAAGACCAAAGUUAGGUAAAUUACAUGAAGCUUCUUGCAUGUUUUGUCAACAUGCCAUCACAGGGCAUCAUGAACUAAAAGAAGCAUGCAAAAUUUUCGAAAAAGUCCUUGUUCAAAAUCUAUUUUCCGGAUUAAAAAAAGACCUAACAGAAGCCGUGAAAACUAUUCCAAGAUGGCGUCUAAUUCAGGCUGCUUUACCCCAUGUAAUGCAUUCAGUUCAGUCUGUACUUUAUAAUCGAAUGAAAGAUGGAAAUCUGCAGAGUUUGGGUGCUGUAGAGACCAAAUUAUUGUAUACUCUGCACUGGAUCUUAUUGGAUGCUGCGGACGAGUGUGCAGAUGCAGACUAUGAAAAAGGGAUUUUUCACUAUUCUCAGUUUCACUAUCUUUUUUCAGUUCCAACUAUUACGCUCUUUGUAUACCUUUUUGCUCCACUGUGCCAAAAUUUGAAAGAGUCAGAUUUCCAAAAUUUCCGCCUGGAAAAUGGCUUGAAAAUUUGGCAGCCCAUGUGGGAAUUCAGACAUCCGGAAGCGCCAUGUUUCAUUUAUCAUUGCAAGCCAAAACCGAAGUUUUUUCAUGGAAAAUCUGCCAAAUGGAAAACACAAUGCGGAGACGUAUUUAUGGGAAAGCAUGGUCAUGUAGACACUACUAUGAUAGGUAGAGAAAGCCCCACACUAAGUCAGCAAGUCAGCGCUUCUAGUUCAGACCAGCAACACGCUUUUUCUGGUAUUCCUCCCACAACUGUUACUGUCACAGCUACAAUAACUACCAAAUCUGAAGAUGAAGCUGGUUGGGUUUCAUCUCCAAAAGAUACAGUUUUCCCGGAAACUAUACCUGAGGAAAGUUCUAGCACUGAGGAAGAACACGUUGUUAUAUUUAGACUACCCUCGUUACAUGAAUCUGACGGAUUUUUAAGAGACCCUUCUGUUUAUACGGCCGAAACGAGUAUAAUUCAACUGGCAAUGAGAAGAAACGGAAGAACAAACAACAUCAACAAAAGCUUAGAUCAAACUUCAAGCACUGCAAGUACCGACUCAAAGAGUCCUAGACCUCCCAUGCAAAAAAUUGGAUCUUCAACCGAUAAAGAUUCCGUGGAUAGUGGUGAAAAGAAACCGGAACAAAAUGAACAAAGUACUAAAUUCGGGUCACAUCAUAUCAUGGACUUGACAGCAGCAACAUUCCUCGAUGUGGGAGUUUUAAGGUGUUUGUUCAUCACUCACUGGCAAGAGGAAGGAAUUUACUGGGCUCUACACUUCCUCUAUAACCGUCUUCGAGAUAUCAGUGAAGAAACUGCUGCUCAACACCAACCAAGAAAACGUAGCAACUCUCUACCAAUACCAAAAAUCGAAGUUUCCUUCUACCAGAACUCCGAGACCAAGAAAACUCCCGAAAACAAGGACUUCAUCGAAGUUCCAGAUCCGCGAGACGUCACCUUAUUGCCAGAGUCUCCCACAGAAUCUCCCUAUACUCACAGAAAGCAAUCGGAUGAUUCCCUUCACAAAAGGGCGGCUAGCGAGAAAGGUAGACGUAGAAUGAAGAUAGCGGACCUUAAAGCUUUCGUGGAGACGAAGUUGCUGUCCAAAUCUGACAAGGCUUUAGAGAAAAUAGGGCAGGAAGAUCCAAAACCUUUGGAUCAAACACAACCGGUGCGUUUGCACAAUAUUGCCAAAAAAAUUCUCGAUGAUUACCAUCGCAGUUUGGACACCAGCGAAGACAUGUCAAAAAAAAAUUCAGGUUUAUCAAAAUCCUACGAACCGAUACCUAGUAAUUUAGUCAAAGGAAAAAGUAUGCCAAGCCUCAGCUGUUUAAUCGACGAAAUAAACUCUGAAGGAUUUAUUGAAGAAAGUAGGUGGGAUGCGAGAAGAACAAGUAAAUCAAUCCAUGCUCAACCCAUGGCCAAUCCCAUCAUCACUGUGACAGAACAUACACCUACGCCAUCACCGGAUUACUUGAGAAGACAGGGUUCUAUUGACAGUCAGAUAGAUGGGGCAAGUCUCUCAGGUCGUCUGGGCAACUGGCAAGAGCGGAAAUCCAGUUUAACAAGAUCCCAAACCGACUCAAACAUCACCUACACACACGAAGAUAUUCCUGAAGCUCCCGGAGCUACAUGCUACAUCACCAAGGAGGGAGAUAUCGAUUUUAACGUAGUUCUAAAGGGUGUAUAUCGUACAUCACUCAGAGAAAGUACUUCAUGUACUCUUCGUGUCCUGGAAGUGAUAUUAAACCUACUAGAGUUAUUAAUUGACAUGGGGAUCUUGAAACAAACACACAAAGAAGAACACCAACCUAACUAUUCUGGCGAAGACCAGGAAACACCUAAAAAAACUGAGAAAGAGAAGGUAUCAGCUAGUAACACACAUACUUCAUUUCCUGGAGAUACAAUGAGCAAUGAGAAAUACAUACCUCCUCAUACAUAUGUUAUGAGCACUAUUGUAAGAGUUUUGAAACAUCUGGGUUGUCCACAUGGAUGUGCUGAUGGUCAACGAGGUCCAGCAGCAGAAUUUCUCAGAACCCAAUGUCAAAAUAUCCUGUCGAGACUACACAAGUCCAACCAAAAACUAUUCAAGAAGUUCCUUAGAGAUUUUGUGAAGUUUCAGCCACUGACAGAGAUAUUGGAAGUAUUACAUGCUUACUUAGGCUACUGCAUAGAUCCCACAUCUUUGCUAUCACCACUAACAUUAGGUGGUACGGCUGGUGUGAGGGGAAUCGAGAGUCAUGUGGUGAGCCAUUGUUUCAAACCUUUGGUAACUAGAUUUGUGGAGGCUUCUAAAGAAAUACGGUCUCAUGAUAAUAUGAGUCUGUACUGUGAAAUUCGUCAGUUAAUGACAUACGUGAAAGAAGGACAUGGAGGUUCAUUCAGAAGAGUAGCUCUAAGUGCUUUACUGGAUACAGCAGAGAAAAACAGUAAAAAGGAAGGAAAUAUACAGACUACCAGAGUAAUACGACAUAUGCACCAAUCUUCUGCAAACGUUGAUGAUAACGACACUAUUGAUAACCAAGGAGAAAGUACCACCUACACUAUUGAUGAUAAAGGUGUAGUUAGGAAGCUUCUAUUCAAAAAACGAAGCACAUCUUCUACCUGUGCUAGCUUGCUAGAAACCGAAACCGAAGAAUUCGGAAAAGCUAACCAAAGUCCUUUGGGAAACCUGAGGAAGAAACAUCACAUCUUGACACCACGCCAAAGUGAGAAAGCUUUGGGAAUAGUUCCGGACACAAUAAGUCUCAAGUCAACAAAAAAAUCUAAAAUCGGAGGUAUAGUAACCAACUGGUUUAAGAAAGGAGACUCCCAAUCUGUUGAUGAAUGCGAAAUGCCUGAUAAUGGGGAUAGCUUUAAUGAUACCGCCAGUUUUAUCAGUUUUAGGCAAUCCUCAAAACACUACCAACAAAGGAGUUCCAGAGGACAUGUAAGUCACACUCUACAGAAAGCUAAAAGACGCAUGGAAGACAAGUUAAAGUUUCUAAAGAAGGGGAAGAAAAAAGAUGGGAGUAUGGAGGAAUCUGGAGGGGGUAGCAAGUGUUUCAGUCGAAGAAAUUCAUUUGAAAUCGGAGAAACAUCACGAGAAUCUGAAGUGGUGUUUUUAAAGGAACGAAAACUCAUUCCUACUGGAAUGGUGUACAAUGGUACCCAAAGACUAGCUUUUCUUCUAGAAACAUGCCCACCUGGUACUGUCCCUGAUGCCUUUUUGUUAGCAUCUGCAUUAGAUUUGCCAAACUCAGCAAUGGUAGCCAGAGCAACUCUGUUUUUAGAAUGUGCAUAUUUCGUGCAUUGUUGUAACAAAGGUCAAUGGCCCUCUUGGAUGAAACUAAGCUUCCCAAUGUUCAGACCUUCAGGCCCUUUACCAACCCGAGGAUCCUCACACAGUGGUAACCGAAGAUCACACAUCAUGCAACGAGCAGCUGGCAAAAUGUUCCACCAAUGGGCUGAAGUAAUUGGGCACAGAUUGGAAGAAAUGAUCAACGCAGAUCAGGAAUACCUUAACGAUAUGCAUAGCAUGGUUAAUGAUCCAGAUAAACAGAAAGAACUUCAGAUACAAGACGAAGAAGAGGAUUAUCUGGAUGAAGCCAGCAUCUAUUCUUACGGUUCUAACUGUCCCAUGCCUUUGAGGUUGAUUGCUUGCGUUCUUCUUCAAGAAAUUACAGCAUUCCUUAGGGAGACUUAUCAGACUCUGCCCAAAACUUGCAAAUCAGCUGGUAAAGAAAGGCCACCUCCCUGGGAGAAGUUCUACAGCAAAGAAGCCAAUAGACGAUGGAGCAUGGCAUUGUCUUCAAUGGGUCACUCUCAAACCUCAGCUCAAAGCCUACAAAGCAUUACUGGCGAUCGAGACCCUACUCUUGGACAGGCUGAAAGAAAAAUAAGUUUCGUGUUGCAUGAGCCAGAGCCAGACCACAAUGAGUCGGAAGCUAGCAGUAAUGCCACUGUCACCAUGCAGGCUAGCCAAAACCCCGAAGACGGUAAGAAGAGCCAGGGCAGGCCGUACCUGCUCAGGAGGGGCACCGCGGCUCCUAGCGGAGGUUCGUUUAAAAGACGUAGUUUAAAAUUAAGAAGGGGCACUAAAGAAGGAAAAGAUAUGGAAAUGGAGUGGAGAAUACAAGAAUGUGUGAAAAGGACUGAUUCCAUUCAGUCCAAACGCAAAGUCAGCUCGCUGAGUGACAGAAGUGACACUUCGGAACCGGGUGCCACUGGGGAAGUGAGCGGAGAAGAAUCACCAGGAAUCCUUAGUGAUGACCAACCACCGGAAAGUCCAACUGAUAGCAAUGAUGCUGAUGACACUCCUAAAAACAUGCCAUGGCUCAAGGUGAUGGUUCAGAUAUCCAACGGAAUGUAUUUCUACUGCAAUCACCAGAAUUUCUGUCAUCCAUUCUGCCAUAGAAGAGUUAUGAGAGGAUGUUCUAGGCUGAUUAAAGCUGUUAGAAAGGUGUAUGGUGAGGAAUUUGGGGUUAUAGAUGACAAAUUUGUUAACGAAUCAGAAACAAAGAAGAAAUCGAAUAAGAAAGACAAGAACAAUAGGAAAGUUUCGGAUCAGACUAGUUCUCAAGUCAGUCCAAUCAGAAGAAAGGAUAGUGUAGGUAAAAGGGACAGAAUUGACAAGAACUUGGAUGGUUCUCAAGCCAGCAAACUAGCUUCCAAAGACUCCUCGCGUGACAUUGCUGACUCUGAUGGAGGCAACAGUUGCUCUAAAAACGUCGAUGACGGAAGACCCACCGAAGCACCACCAAUAUUAAAAUAUAUCCAAUCCCAAGUCAAAGACGCCUAUCAUGCACCCUUAGCCACCCUACUAAAAGGAGCCGUCAUACUAACCGAAGAAAAUUUCUCCGACAUCGUUCCCGUGGCUUGGGAACUUCUUCUCGAGAUGAACCAAGAAGUGGCAGCUGCCGCGGCAUCUUUGUUCAUUUUAAGUGCUGUCAAAGCGCCGUCACAAGUGACAGAAAUAAUGCAGCACGGAUUAACCAAUACAAACCCUGCAAUUCGAAUAAAUGCCAUCUUGAGGUUUCAAGUUUUAUGGAAACUGAGGUUUCAAGUAUGGCCUAGGAUGGAGGAAAAUGCUCAUGUUUUGUUCAAAAUUCCACCUCCUGGUAUAGAAUUCACUUUGCCAUCUCCAAAAAUUGGUAUAGAAUCCUUGGAUGUAGUUGAUUCUCCCUGGGAACUGUUGGUUAAAACUAAAGUCGAAGAAGUAACUAUCAAUCAAGAAAGACACAGAUCUUUGGUAACCGCUACAAAGACACGCAAAAAACAACAGACUGAACUAAUCAAGAUGGCGCUUCAAGCACAAGACGAUAAAAAACGAGAAGCACGAGAAAAUUUCUUGAUCACAACUAUCCCGAUUACCAUUCAAGCGGCUCACGAACCCAGCCUGUACCAUACCAGUGAAGAACAUGAAGAUGAUGAUGAUCAACCUGAUGGACAGACAAGGAACACAGGUCAUCACCUCCAUUCAGCCCAUUCACUGUUCCCAUCUUGUCUCUGUUCUGCUGUAGUGUCAAUAAUAAACCUACUUGAUGACGCGGCUGUGUCAGCAGAUGGUUGUGCUGUUUACGAAGUUGCCUAUUCAGUAAUCUGGACCUGUCUCGUUGAAGACAGUGCGUUAUUCUUGAGGUACAUUUUGGAGCGUCUGACAAGAGAUCAGCAAGAACAGAUGUUCAAAAUCCUAAGACACUUGAUCAGGUUUAUACCAAAACUGCCCCAGCAAGCUGCGUUUGCUUUAUACAAUUACAUAAUAGGUUAUGUAAUGUUUUAUGUUCGUAGUCCUCACGAGGAAGGGCAGCAGCUUAUUGGUUCUGCGUUGUCUCUACUUUGGAUGGUGGUUCAUAGUGUGCACGGAAUAAUGUUCAAAGAUUUAAAACAAAUUUUACGCAAGGAACAGUGUGAUGCUUCCAUAUUACUUACUGCAAACGUUCCAUCAGCUAAAAAGAUUAUCGUUCACGGACCUCAAGAUCCGGAUGCUGGAGGAAUUCCUACACAGUUUCAAGUCAACGAAAAUACUCAGUUCUGGCAAAUAUUGAAGGAGGCUUUGGAUUUUUUCAGGAUCGAAGAAAGCAAAAAAGAAGAAUAUUUUCUCACGGACUACAAAACACAUCAAAUAAGAAAUCCAUCUGCCUAUGUCAGAGACUACUAUUUUUUCAAGCGUUCCCAGUAUCCUCAGUUGGAAUUGGUUCAUAUGGAACCAGAAGAAGGGUUCCAUGCACUGCAAAAAGAAGAGUUGGUUCACAAGUUCGUUGAAAGUGGCAAAGUUUUACUCACAUGGGCGAUCCUAAAGAAUGUAGAUAUGGUGGUGCAAAGGGUAGUUUUUCUGCACGAAGAACUCAUAAAAUUGCCCUCAUUCCCAAGAAAAGCUCUAGAAUCGAACUUAGAUCUGUACAAAAGCGGACCACUAGGCAAAGAAUUGUUGGGUUUAGAUGUCCUACACAAAUUCAUGUGGGUGCGCUUGAUAGCGAGAAUGUUCGAAGCCAUGGCUGGCAAUUUUGCGUACUCUGGAGAUAUCCAUUUAUUCGUCAACGUCUUAAAUGGAGCCUUGAUUCUUCACACAGAAGACGCCUGUAUCCUGAGAUACGUUAUGGCAACUUACAUCAACGCAGCCUUUCAUUUCAAAAAUAUAUUUUCUACCAAUGGAUAUCUUCUUAUAAUGCCGACUCUUCUGAAAAUCUACUCAAAUCACCAGACAAACAAACUAGUGACAACCACAAUAGAAUACGCAGUGAAAGAAUUCUAUACUAUGAAUCGAAAGCCUUUUAUACUGCAAAUGUUUGGAUCUGUUUCAGCAAUGCUUGAUACAGACGAGGAAGGCAUGUAUGGUAACGCCCACAAGAUACAGUCAAGCUGUUUGUUUAACUUGUUGCUAAGUCUGGAAACACCAUCUCCAGAUCCUCUAAACAUCGCCGAAUUGGUGAAAGAACCAGUGAAGGCUAUAGAUUUCUGUUAUCACGAUGAAGACAACGAUGUCACCGUUCUGGAUUGUAUAUCUAUGUGUGUGAUGGUCGUAUCUUAUUCUGCUGAAAGCUGUAGAGGGUAUCAAAUGAUGGUGAUAUUAGAAGCGAUUUUACCGUAUUACGUAGACAAAAUCCAGAAUUCCGUUUACAUAGCCAACUCGAUAAAACGAUUCAAGAAAAACGAACGAGAUAUAAUCAACCAGCUCUCGAUUGCAGUCAGAUGUUUGAUAGAGAACUGCUCAGAAUUGACCAAAUUCAGUUCCAAAAGGGUGUACAAUGGGCCACACCGUUCGAGCCCUGAGCACAAAGGCUCGAGCCAGAGGAACUUCCGAGGCCCAUACUCGCCAGGUUUCGAUUUUGAAGACGAUUCCCACUCUAAAUUUAUGAGCGAACACAACAGAACAAAGAGCAUGUACGAAAACGAUACCGAGAACAGUGAGGUACAGAGAGCAGAAUACCGAAGACCCAGGGAUGUUCUGCUAUCCUUGGUGGGAGAAUUUGUGCUGAAAGUCAACGAAAGGAUUGCGGAAAUCAUGAAAAAAGACACGGAUGGCAAAACUAUCGAAGUUCUGGACUGUCGCUCUCAUGUAAGAUUGGCGGAUAUAGCUCAUGCCCUUUUGAAAGUAUCCCCGUACGACCCUGAGUCCAUGGCCUGCAGAGGACUACAGUACUACAUGUCUUAUGUACUGCCAGCUACUGAUUGGGGAGAUGAUGCCAUGAGACCGGCAUUUGUAACUCUUUUAAAACGCUUAGAGAAAGUGUUCAGUAAGAUCCAGAAAAAGCCUUCUAUAAGGAGAAACACUGAUUGGGAUGCCGCAGCUGGGCUACUGAAAGGAGUGUACAACACCAUGAUUAAGUAUCCUUAUAUAAUCAACUGGCACCAAAUCAAACAACUAGUUACAGUAUGUCAGUGCCUGAUAGUAACAGAAUGUUGUGUGGAAGGUGUAUCAGGUGCAACUGCAGCAUUACUUAGCCAAGCCCCUCCCCCAAACUUUUGUUCCAUGGUCGUACGACUAAUAGCCCUACAAAUACAGGAUGGUCAAGAAUUUUGUACUCUAGAGACUGUUUGUGGUGGUUCUACCUUCCCUACUCAAGAAAAAACCGAGAGUGUCAUCAUUAACUUGAUUAUGCCUCUAUGUCUUCGAGUUGGAAGUGGCAGAAAAGAUGUUCCAAAAAUCAAACCAUCGGAUGUUAGUUUUGCCAUAACUCUAGUUUUGCACGCUAUGAGUCCACCGAAUAUCAAAGCAGCAGCUCAGUCAGGACCUAAUCCUAAAGGAACCGCGGAAACAAGAACCGGAAGUUUGACAUUUACCGGAACUAGAGAUACUAAAACAGCGUCUAAGAUUAACACUUCUUUGUACGAAGUUUCAUUCCUAGCUCUUAAAAUGAUAGCAAUCUGUUUCGAAGAACACUUGAUAAACGACUGGAUCAAAAUCGGAAGAACCAUGAGAGAACUAGGCAAAAGAAACGAAGCUGCAACGUUUCUGUGGGACUUUCUGGACUUUGUUGUUACCCACAGGACCCCACUCUAUAUCCUAAUGCAACCUUUCAUCUUUCUAAAAUUAGCUCAACCACCUAUAUCAGACUUCGAGAGGAACAUGCAUCAAAGGAUAAGAGACAAGAUAAGAAGUAUUGGCUUGCCUUUGCCCAAAAGCAAGGGGGCUAUACUGAUGGAACUAGCUACUCGAAUGAAGAAGUUAAAGGAAGAACUGUCUGGGUCAACCGAAGCUGAGGAAUCUAGAAAGGAGAACCCUCAAACAAAUGUGCAUAUCACCAGUGAAAUUCAAAGACCUCAGCGCCAAUCUAUGAUCAGUGGAUUGUUGCCAUCUUGGGAUCACCAUCAGCGUAGCAGCACACACGAAUAUUUACAUUCUCAUUUAAAAGGUUCUUCAACCAGUAUCAGUCACGCGUCCACACCGGUACAAAAAACCACUGGAACUACCGAAGAGCCCUGUGGUAGUACGACUCUUUGUAACACACAAGGAUCUUCGACCAGUACCAGUCACGCGUCCACGCCGAUACAAAAAACCACUGGAACCAGCGAAGAAACCAGUGGCGGUACGACCCCUUGUAACGCACAAGAUCGUUCAUCUCAACGGUCCUCGACCAGCGACGAGGCUCACCCCACCAACUACCACCACCCAAUCAACCCACAACCCAACCACCAUCCACCUUCUACUACUCAUAAGACCGCUCACAAACUGCGCUUUGUCUCUUCGGUAGAAUUUAAGCAUUCUUCAGGUGAAACCUCAUUGACACCUCUGAGUCCAUCAAGUCCCGUAGAAGAAGAAGAGGUGCAUCAGAAAUCCAGACUGCAACGCAUGAUGCCUCAGAGUAGAAAAACUUUCAGACUCAGGAGCAAAAGUCGUAGCAAGAAAUCUUCAGAACUAUCUCAUCUGAAACUAGACUCAGAACUGGAUUCGCCUCCAGGUCCUCAGACAUUUUCACCUCCACCUGUUCAAACUCCUACUCAAAUGUUCCCAAAUGGUCUGCAAAUUGAUUCUUCUACACCUUAUACACCUCUGCCUAAUGAAACUCCUUCAUUGCCUACUUCUCCUCAAGUUUCAACACCCCCAGCAAAUCAGAGCCAAUCGGGACAUCAGUAUCUUCAUCAACAGUAUUCAAACCAAUCCAAUUCUGGACUUGAUAACCAAAAAGUUGGAUUCCAAAAUCAAAAUAGUUUCUCAGCUAUUGAUUCACAUAGACUGAGGAUAGCAACUAGAGGAAAGAGCGCUGAGGGAUCUUGGGACGAAGAUAGUGCUAUUUCGCAGACUUCUAGCACUUCAGGUUACAGGGAAUCUUAUCCAGUAAUGCACCUCAAAGACACCUUGGAAACGAGUCCAAAAACAUUCCCACCAUUAGCUUCACCUGAUCUGCAUUCUUUACCUUCAACCAGUAGCGCAGCUACAAAUAAUUUUCUACAUAUUGACAACAGUUCCCCGGAUUGUUCCCUAAACGACAACUGCGAAAAAACAGCUCUCCUAGACCAAGAAGACCAAUCUUCUUCGAAAGAUUCUCUUUUAAUAGUGUUUGACCAGGAAACUCAAGACGAAACGACGCUUAUAUAGUUAGAAAAUGACUAACUAAAAAACAAAAGGACUAACUGUUAAAAAUCUAAAACAACGAGCCUAAAAAAUAAUCUAGGAAGAUAUGCAACUAACGUGACACCAAGACCUAACAAAUUUGCUUACUUAGUGUGUUAUUGGUUGCAUAAUCAUGAACGUCACACUAUUCUACUCUAUUUAAUUUAAAUAUUUUGUUAUGUAAUAAGUUAAUAGAAAAAUAAAUAAGUUUUCUAUAGUAAAAAUGUAAAACAAAAUUGGGGCACGUCAAAAACAAAAUAUUUUUUAUGACGUUUGCGAAAUUUUGUUUGGCUUAUACUAUAGAUUAUUAAAAAUGUGUUAGAGUUUAUUGAAUGUUGCAUGGUUUAAAAAAUGCCAAAAUAAAGAAAAGACUGAAAAGAAUAUAAUGAUGAAGGGUAUAUAAGUAUAUAGACAUAUUUUUAGAGUAUUUAUAAUUUAAAUUUAUAUAAGUUUGUUAAUGUUUUAGAAAAAGCUAUAUAAUCUUGUAUGUUAGACAUUAUAAUGAUAUAA